AACCCCUACGCAAUUGAGACAUGUUAUAACAUGUAUUCAAUGACAAUUAUUUACGAAAAAGCAAGCCAUGAAUAGUGACAGGGAGAGUGAGAGACUGUUUUCCCUGCGACUGUCGCGGGUGAUGGGGGAUAUUGGGGUCAACAGCUGGAUUAUUGCCAGGAGGAGGAGAUCAUACCUGAGAGGGCAGUUUGAUGAAGCUGCAGAAGUACUGACUUACUGUGAAGGACUGCUUGGACCAGAAGUGUGGCAGUGUUGUGUACAUAAUGGAAGCGGUGGAAGGAAAUGUCUCAUAUCAAGCUCUGAGUUUAGGAACAAGAUGUUUAUCUGCCCAAUUACAGACGUGCAAAAGAAAUACACAAUGAUGUGUAUAACCUUCACAAAAGAAGAAAUAAACUGCAUUCCACGCCAUCUUGCAUAUGAAAUGCUCAGAACUGUAAAUGGUGUACACAGACAAAAUUAUGAAAAGUGGAAAAACAAUGUAGUCAUUGAUUGUAUCCCAUUCCUGUACUACCUACAACACCUCACCUACAGGGAACUACACCAGCACCUGAGAGCACAAACAGCGUUACAUAACCUACAUGAGGACACAAUGGGGACAAAACAAGGCCACAUCGACACAGCCUUCAAUAUGCUGGGCCACUGCUUUGAACUUCAUAAUAGACUGGACCUGGCUUGGAUGUGCUACAGCAGAUCAUUGGAGAUCUAUGACAGAGAUAAUGUUUCCAUCUGGCAUGCAGCCAGAGUACUUAAUCAGUUUUUAAGUAGUUGAUAUCCACAUUGACACAGCCUUUAACAUGCUUGGUCACUGCUAUUCCGGCUGAACCUGGCUUGGACGUUCUACAGUAGAUCAUUGGACAUUUAUGGCGGGACAAUGCUGCCAGAAUACUACUUCAGUUUUUACACUAACUGAUUCCUGAUGCUGUCUAAACACAGUCAUACAUGUACUCUUAUUGAAUGCAUACAUGUAUUUGACAACAUGUACUUCAAUUGUUUGAAAUUCACUAAUUAACGAAUUGUUUAUAAAACAAAAAAAUAUCAAGAAAAUGCUUGUUUAUCUACCAUAGAAAUUGUUAUACAAAGGAUAUCAAUAAGUUUAAAUAAAAAAUAUCCAGUGACUUUAUUCUCCAUAGAAAUUGUUAAACAAAGAAUAUCAAUAAAUUUGAAUAAUUAUCAA